AACUUUGUGUGUUACGUUUGCAUUAAUUAAUUGCAAGAAGGGAAGGGAAGAAGAUGGGUGGCCAUCAUCAUCAUCAUCAUGAGCAUCAUGGAAAGGGUGGUGGUGACAUUGAAGCAGGGUUCUACAACUAUGGGAAGGGGAUGAAUAAUGGUAAUGAGUUGUAUCCGGGGAUGAUUGAGUCACCGGAGCUACGAUGGGGGUUUAUUCGGAAAGUUUAUAUUAUUGUGGCAUGUCAACUGCUUCUAACCGCUCUCGUUUCAUCCAUCUACUUCAUUUUCCCAAAAAUUAAGGAUACAAUUCGCUCCAACCUCGUUUUCCUCAUCCUUAUGAUCGUAAUCCCCUUACUUGUUACCAUAAUCAUUCUAUUUGCAUUGAGCAAAUAUUACAGGAAACACCCCGUCAAUCUCAUCCUUCUUGCCAUCUAUACCAUCGCCACUGCUGUCGGCGUCGGCUUCGUUACUUCUUUUUCCAAAGGGCCAAUCGUGUUCGAGGCUAUAUUGCUGACAGGUGCGGUGGUCCUUAGCCUCACGGCAUACACAUUUUGGGCGGUUAAACGAGGCCACGAUUUCAGUUUCCUUGGUCCAUUCCUCUUUGCUGCUUCAACGGUCUUGUUAUUUUUCGCAAUCAUUCAAAUGAUUCACCCAUUGGGGCCAAUCGGAAGGAUGAUAUACAGUGGUCUUGGUGCACUGUUAAUGUGUGGUUACAUCGUAUUUGACACGAAUAAUCUCAUCAAAGUUUACGACUAUGACGAGUAUGUUUGGGGUGCAAUUGCCAUCUAUCAAGAUAUCAUCACCCUUUUCUUGCACCUGCUUUCAAUAUUGAACAAUUAAUUAAUUUAGUGAUUCAAUCAUGCCACUUUUAAUUAGAUGCAGCAGAGCAGAG